CUAGCUACCAUUUGUGAACUGCUUCCUCUUCAUCUACCCGGGCGACCUGUGAAGUCUCGGACACCAUCACCAUGUUUAGCGCUAGACUAGCCAUGGAGGCCGAGGAUUUCGGGAAAUCAUGGCUUGGCCUAGGGAUAGGCAGCGGCGGCGAUAUGAAGAGGAGCCACGGCGAGCGGAGGUCGUCGGCGCUGCAAUUCGACUUGCUGUUCCCACAGAGCGUCAAGGAAGAAGCUGCGGUGGGCACUAAUGCAGAGAAGGGUGCUCGGAAGAGGUUGAGGAUCACCGACGAUGACGGCCGCCGGUCGCACGAGCUGAGCCCGAGCGACGACGGUGGCGACGGUGCGGCGACGAGGAAGAAGCUCCGGCUCACAAAGGAGCAGUCGACCCUGCUCGAGGACACCUUCCGCGCCCACAACAUACUGUCCCACGCUCAGAAGCACGAGCUCGCUCGGCGGGUGAAUCUAAGCGCGAGACAGGUAGAAGUGUGGUUCCAAAACAGGAGAGCAAGAACAAAGCUGAAGCAAACGGAGGUGGACUGCGAGAUCCUGAAGCGCUGCUGCGAGAGCCUCACCGGCGAGAACCAGCGGCUGAAGCACGAGCUCGCCCAGCUGCAGCGGUCGUCGUCGGCGGCGUCUGGGCUCUACGUCCAGUUCCCACGGGGCGCGGCGGCGGCGGCGGGCGGCGUCUGCCCGUCCUGCGAGAAGGUCACCGUGACGACGAGCGGCGGCGAGACAAGCAAGAGCUCCAGCAGCUACUCCUCCUGACUUCUCAGCGAAGCCGAUCGAAGCAUGCUUUGGUGCUUGGUUUCGAUAAGCAUGGCCUAUCUGAUUGAGACUUCGAGGUUUCAUGUGAGAUUGUGUAGAUAAGUGUGCAUGCAUGGUAUAUGGUCGGAGAGACGGAGACAAGCAAUAACUUUGACGCCCUUACACACAGUCGCUUUAGUUAUAUAAUAUGAUCUGCAAUUCUGCAUGCUGAUGCAGGAUGCAGCAUGCAAACCUUGUGCUAUAGAGAUGAGAUAUAGCUGCAAUACAAUCAGUUAUGAAACUGAUUAGAGUUUUAGGACAAACCCAAAGAUCAUGUAGCACACUGCAAUUAUAAAGCCACACGCGAAUUUCUUCUUAA